AUGGAACCCGACCGUCGUGAAGCUCCCAAGGCGACCGAGUCAUCCGGACUCCAUCUUAUUCCCAUCUACCCGUUUAGCUGGGAUAUAUUUAUGCGCAUGGCAGAGCAUGCGGCAAUUGAUGUCGAGCGGCGGGGAAUAACGAGACCCCUUGAAAGCAAAGCAUGGGGCAUCUUCUACAAUCCAGAACUCCGGCGGGCUGCAUUCUACCCUCCAACCUCGAAUGCAUAUAUGCGGGUUUAUGGCUGCCAAAAGCCAUCGGACGGAGAGGGUACCACAGGAGUCGCGCGCCGGCCACAGGAGCAUCGUACUGAGCAGCGGCCUCGUCUUCCUCUGCAAGACGUACGAGAACAACACCCACACGCCGUCCCCAGAAUGUUUACAGUCACAACUAUCGUCCAUUCGGAUCUCGAUGAUGAUCUCUCCCGUCUAAGACGGCGCAGUGACGAUGGUGCGGGACUUCAUUAUGCAUCUGCCCACUCUUCGGAUAGUGGACCUGUGGCUGCAAACCAACGCCUCAAGCUGCUGGUUGAUAUAGCUUGUCCUGUCACCUGGAUGUAUGCCCCGGAGGCAAAAACACUGGUCAUACCGACAGAAAGCAGCGACACCGCAGGGCUGUUGGACAAGCCCGUCCCUCGCCGACAGAGAGCAACAUACUACACGGGAUCCGCCACAAAAGUUUCGGAAACUGUGCAAGAAGUACGGGACCGAGACAAGUUUGGUGUUCGGUUGCAGCUUCAUCGAGGUUCGAUGUGCUUGAUGAAGGAAGACGAUUCCGACGUUUUUCAAAUUGACAACUUCAAAUUUGCCCUCUGCAAUGCUGCGACACAGGAAAAGUCGUUGGAAGCGAUGGAUGGGAUAUUAGGGCUGUCGUCCAGGCCAAUGCGAUUUGAUGGUACCGAGAGCAGCGAUCUCUUUGUACAGAAAUAUAGCGAGAACAAGGGCGGCAGACAGAUACCGAGCUUCAAAAUCUCGCUGGGAGAUGAUGAAAGUGACAGCUGGCUUAUCAUCGAUAGUAAUGCCAGCGACCAGAGUAUCCAGCAUAUUGUCCCGCAUUUCGAGUGGUCGGACUGGAUACCCGCCAUUGACAAUAGCGCUUACAACUGGGCCUUCAAUGUCGUCGGCCUCACAAUCGACUCCGUACUGCACGAAAUACCACCUACCGCGUUUAUCAUUGAUACCGCCACCGUCUUCACCUAUCUUCCUGAUACUCUCUAUUUCGCGCUUAUCGGAGCGGCCCGCGCGGAGGUCCACGAAACCGGCCAGGUCUGCUGUAAAGACUCCCCGCUCCUCUCGUCGACUCUGAAGAGUAAAUCGCUGCACCUUAACCUGGAAGGCGGCGGCCUAGUUGAUCUAGGUGGGCUGGACAGGUUCUUGAUGCGCAGGACCUUCGAACGCGGAACCAGAGACUUGUCCUUCAGGUCGGGUAACAUCCUCAGGCCGGCUUCAACGGAACCAGCCCUCGUUCCUCCGGAGCCGCGACAGUUCUUCGUCUUGGGGAAUCUCCUCCUUCAGCAUCUCGUAGUCGACUUCCAAUAUCCUGAUGCGGCGGCUAGCAGCGGCAGAAUUCGCAUGGCGGUGAAGAAGUAG